AUGCCCAGUGAUACAACUAUAGCGCUAGGCUUGGGAAUUCAGUCUACCUCCAAAACAAUUGAUUGCACACAUUUAAGAGAGCAAUGCAUAAGUGAUUCAAAUGGAUGUAAACAUGCAUGGACAACAAUGGAAGAAGCUUGCAGUGUUUCAGGUAACCCCUGCAAGAUGAAGGAUUUCUCAAGUUGUAACCUGAGUAUCCGGUCCUUAGUGGAAAGCAAUUUCCAAUUUAAAGAAUGCCUCUGCAGUGACAACCUCUCUUGUACUGUUGGCAAAUUGCUUGGGAAACAAUGCAUCAUUAAAUCAGAUAACAUGGAAGAGGAAAAUAAAUUCAAAUGGAAUCUAACUACUCUUUCCUACCAUGGUUUCCAAGAGAUCCGCUCCUGUUUGGAAGUGGCAGAGGCAUGUGUAGGGGAUGUGGUCUGUAAUGCACAGUUGGCCCCUUACCUUAAAGCUUGUUCAGCAAACGGAAAUCUGUGUGAUGUGAAACACUGCCAAGCAGCCAUACGGUUCUUCUAUCAAAAUCUGCCUUUUAACAUUGCCCAGAUGUUGGCUUUUUGUGACUGUGCUCAAUCUGAUAUACCUUGUCUGCAGUCCAAAGAGACUCUUCACAGCAAGCCAUGUGCAGUGAGCAUAGCUCCACCCCCUACUUGCCUCAACGUAAUUCACAGCUGCCGAAAUGAUGAAUUAUGCAGGAGGCGCUUUUGGACAUUUCAGUCAAAAUGCUGGCAGCGUGUGACUGGAAAAUGCCAUGAGGACGAUACCUGCAUCAGUACGUUAAGCAACCAGGAUUUCACUUGCUCAGGAAAUGACGACUGUAAGGCAGCUUACAUUGGUACCCUUGGGACAGUUCUUCAAGUACAGUGCACCUGUAGGGCCAUUACGCAAAGUGAAGAAUCUUUGUGCAAGGUUUUCCAGCACAUGCUUCAUGGAAGAUCAUGUUUCAAUUAUCCAACCCUGCCUAAUGUCAAAGUCAUUGCACCAUAUAAAAGUAAACCUGCUAAGGAAAUCACACUAACAGGAUUUCAUUCCCCCUUCACAGGAGAAGUAAUCUAUGCUUUCAUGUGCAUGACAGUCACCUGUGGAGUCCUUCUUUUGGUUAUGCUCAAACUGAGAAUAUCAAGUCAAACAAGAGAUCCUUCACCAAUUCAAAUACCUGGAGGACUCAUGGAUAAAGAGUCACAGAUAAUUAACAAUCAUUUUCUUUAA